AUGCCACUACCGGUUUCGUCAGUGGGUUUCUCCAAUCUACUGAAUCCUCAAGAAGCCACGGAUCCCACCUCUCCUGUUUCGGGAGACUCCUCUUCAAUGGCAUCUUCUGUCAGCUUGCUACCGCCUCUCAUGAAGGGUGCUCGUCCUGCGAACGAGGAGGUCCGCCAGGACCUACCCCGGCCCUACAAAUGUCCUCUUUGCGACCGUGCUUUCCACCGCCUGGAGCACCAAACUCGUCACAUUCGGACGCACACGGGCGAGAAGCCUCACGCCUGCCAGUUCCCCGGCUGUACGAAGCGCUUCAGCCGUUCUGAUGAGCUCACUCGCCACUCGCGCAUCCACAACAACCCCAACUCGCGCCGCAGCAACAAGGCCCAACACCUCGCAGCCGCUGCGGCUGCCGCCGCCGGUCAGGAUGCCGCGAUGGCCAGCGCCGCCAACAUGAUGCCUCCGCCGAGCAAGCCUAUUACUCGCUCUGCGCCGGUUUCUCAGGUUGGAUCCCCGGACGUCUCGCCGCCACACUCCUUCUCCAAUUACGCGAACCACAUGCGCUCAAAUUUGGGCCCCUACUCGCGCACCAGCGAGCGCGCCUCUUCCGGUAUGGAUAUCAAUCUGCUGGCCACCGCUGCGUCGCAGGUCGAGCGCGAUGACCACAUGGGCUUCCACGGAUCGCGACACAUGUUUGGUUCCCGUCAUGGCACCGGUCGUGGUCUGCCUUCCCUGUCUGCCUACGCCAUCUCUCAAAACAUGACUCGCUCGCAUUCCAACGAGGACGAUGAUGCGUAUGGUGGACACCGCGUGAAGCGCUCGCGCCCCAACUCUCCCAAUUCCACCGCGCCCUCCUCCCCUACAUUCUCGCACGAUUCGCUUUCUCCUACUCCUGAUCAUACUCCUCUGGCUACCCCUGCCCACUCGCCUCGUCUGCGCCCUCUGGGGGCCAACGAGCUGCACCUUCCUUCAAUCCGCCACCUGACCCUCCAACACACUCCCGCUCUGGCCCCUAUGGAGCCCCAACCCGAGGGUCCCAACUACUACAGCCCCGGUCAAGGACACAUAGGUCCCAGUAUCACGGACAUCAUGUCCAAACCGGACGGCACACAGCGCAAGCUUCCCGUGCCUCAGGUUCCCAAGGUUGCGGUGCAGGACAUGCUCAACCCGACAGGCGGCUUCGCGUCCAUGUCUUCGUCAACCAGCAAUUCCGUUGCAGGCGGUGACCUAGCCGACCGCUUCUAA